ACUUUAUCAGCCGGUUUCCGAAACGUUAUUCAAAUCUUCGAUCAUCUAAUCGAGCUGUUAGAUUUGAUCAACUGUUAACCAGUGACGAGUUUCUCAAACGUCGAUCAUCUUAAAAUUAUAUGAUCGUAGAAAAUCGAUUAUCUGACAUACGAUUUGGUAUCGAUACUGUCACAAUCGGCUGUCAUCCUUCAAAAUUUCAUUUUAUAACCAAAAAAUUUCAAUCCAUAGUAAAUAACUACAUAAUUUAUAUAAUUAAAAAAUAUAUUAAAAAUGAGCAAUACAAACGGAAAUCCUCCACGCAAAAAUUAUACUGAGAGAGAGAGAGAGAAAUGUUUGCUGUUGGAAAUAAUUGGAAAAUACAAGCAUAUUAAAUUGAAAACAAAUAAUGUACCAAUGCUAUGUCCACCAACCAAAACAAUGAAACCUGGGAAAAAUAGCGCUGAAUUUCCCAGAACUCCCAAGCAGCUGAACACUGCAUAUAUAAACUUAAAAAGGGUCACUAGCCAAAAAGUAGCAGAGGAAAAUAUUCAAAAAUAUAAUGAGCAGAAGGUUUUGGACCAGUUGAAGAGAGACCAAACUGCGGACAAAAAAGACAUACUUGCAACAGGUGGUGGCACAUUUAGGCCUCGUCUCACAGAUGUAGGGGCACAAAUGUUGAGUUUGAUUGGCAAUCAAAUCCAACCUUUACCCAACAGUUGUGACAGUGCAUCUGGUUUCUUCACAUCUGUUGCACAAGACAGUCAAGUGGAAGUAGAUUACCUACAAUUGGAAGACACAUAGCAGACAUCCAAUGUACCCUCUACUUCCACUGUGCUGCUCAGUACACCCACGACAACUGCUGUCCUGCCCAAGAAGACAGCCAAGAUGUCUCAGGCUCGUUCAAAAAAUAAAAAAGUAAAAGAUGUAGGGAGCGAAACCCUUAAUGUAUCUUUUACAAAAAAAAUUGAAACAGCAAGACUAGAAAAAAGAAGUAAGAUAGUAUUUUUCAACAAGAAAAAAAGAAAUUUUAGAAGUAGAGCUUCAAAUAAAAAAAUUCGAUGUCAAUAAAUUAUUCGGUAAUAGUGGUUAGGUAUGUACCUAAUAAAGUAAUUUUAAAUAAAAAUUGUAAUUUCUUUAAAUAAUAAAAUUAAUAAAAAAUG